CGGGAAAGGAGGAGGAGCCGCCGCCGCCCCGGCGCUGCCUUCUCGGGCCGUCCUCCUUCCGCUUGCGGCCCCGAGGAGCGUCAUGGCCAGCUACUCCAGGGCCGCCCAGCAAUGGGCCACAUUCGCCAGAACAUGGUUUCUUCUAGAUGCGAAGAUGCAGCCACCUGGCAAAAUUGCAGCAGUGGCUGCCAUCAGACUCGAAGGGAGACACAAACCUGUGUUCCAUGCGCUGAGUGAUCUUGGAGAUCAUGUUGUCAUAAUCAACACAAGACAUAUUGCCUUUUCUGGUAACAAAUGGGAGCAAAAGACAUAUGCAUCACAUACUGGAUACCCUGGUGGCUUCAAACAGGUAACAGCAAAGCAGUUGCAUCUUAAAGACCCAACAGCAAUUGUAAAGCUGGCUAUUUAUGGCAUGCUUCCCAAAAACCUUCUGAGGAGAACCAUGAUGCAAAGGCUGCAUCUCUUUGCUGAUGAUGUUAUCCCUGAAGACAUACGUAAGAAUCUUGUAGAGGAGCUUCAACAACCGCGCAGAGUGCCCAAGAGAUUAGAUGAAUAUACACAAGAGGAAAUCGAGAGUUUCCCAAGAGUCUGGAAUCCGUCUCAAUCUUUAAAGAUAAAAUAGUGAGAGAAGUGAAAAAGCCUGAGACUAAGAAAUCAACCUGCCUGACAUCUUUAUGCUCUCAGGAAUUCAUAGUUUGGUGACCUGCCUAAAUGUUUAAUUUAAACUAUCUGCAUUGUAAUAUAUUUUUCAGUUAUCAGCAGUAUUGCUUGAUAAAUAAAAUGAGACGUGCUUGUUUCUGUA